CGCACCGAAUCUUAGAACGCCCAGCGCACCCACAGACUCGCAAUCUCUAAUCGCCAGACCAGAGCACUGUGUACUCUGUACGUCUCUUCUCGAGAACACCCCGAUGAGACUUGUCCGAACUGAGGCCUCCGCUCCAUAAUGGCCGGCAGGACCACGGAGCGUACCCAGCAGAAAACGGCUCGGAAGAAGCGGCAGAAGACCUUUACGGGCUGCUGGACGUGUCGCGAGCGGCAUGUCAAGUGCGACGAGCAGCGUCCUAGAUGUAGGCGCUGCCUCAUGGGCGAUUUCACAUGCCAGGGGUACGGCACACGCCUGACUUGGCUCGCGCCGACGGGCCAAGGGGCGCCGAAGGGCGGUGGCCGGGGCCAGUCAAGGACUGAAAUGAGCCCCUUGCUAGACAUCUCUGGGCGACCGUCGAAUCGAGGAAUAUCUCCGAAUAUCGACGUUUCAUUGCGCGACUCUUUUGUGGCCUCUCAGGCCUCUUCUGGACAGCAGCCUACGCCAACAAGUCGGAGUUAUACCGACCAGCGCGGCAGAGCUGCCGUCGCCACGAAAGAGCUGGCUUCCAGGGACAUCCAUCAUGCCUAUGGCGCUCUGGGCCCGGAAACUGUUCAAGACGAUCCAGUCAACAACAUGAUGGAACCGGGUAUAUCAUUUGAGGGAGUGCGGAGCGGCGAACCCAGUUCGUCAUUUCACAGCGACGUUGCUCAUUCGGUAAGAGAAUUUCAGGACUUCAGCCCGUGGCCAGCGGAACACACCUCAGUUUGGCCGUUGAACGAGGAUCAGCUUCACUCACAAUUGUAUCCCCAUCUACAUGGCGGAGACUCGUUCAACUCAUGGGGUCGUCGGCCUAUGUCUCCAAUAGGCAGCCCGAUGAGACCGUUCGGAUUGCCAUCAGCUCCGGCUCGAGAACGGGAUCUCAUCAGCCACUGGGCAACGAACCUCGCACACAAGCUGAUCCCGAUCCGGAGCCCAGUUAACCCGUUCCUUACCGUCGUCUCGCCCAUGGCACUCGCGGGGAGUCGGGCGGCCCGCACGAAGUCCACCAGUACCGUCGCAUUGUUCCACGCGGUUUGCGCCAUCUCCGCGGCCCAUCAGGCGAAUCUCAGAGGCUGCCCCCAUGAAGACGGGCUAAUGCUUCACCACAAGCAACUGAGCUUUCAUCACCUCAUGCAGAACAUCAACCGUAAUGAACACGACGAACAGAUGGCGACCCUCGCUACCUUGUGCCUGUGGAUACUCAUCCACUUCGUCACCGGCACACCGGGGGCCUGGCGAGAAGUCGUCAAGGUGACCCGGAAUCUCCUCCAAGGGAUCAGCACGGAUACCUGGAGCCAGUCGAGCACUGCGGCCCUGACAUAUCAGUCAUUUUCUUCUGCUUUCACUCUGAUUCAGGCCCAGUACCUCGGACGGCUGGAGUUUCCCGCCCCGCUGAAGAACGAUCUACCGGGUGCAAAAUCAACUGGGUGCCAGAGCAUGCCGGCCCAAUCUCUCGAGCUCGUUUCUUCUUUCAAUACAAAGCUACUCCAAACCCAUAUCUUGGCGCCAGACGAGCUCGAUCAGCUCGAGAUUGAAUUUGUCCUAUCCACACCGGAGCCAUCGACGGAUUUCGACGUCGGGAAUGCCGACUCGGUAAUGGUACACCAUCACCGCUCGCUGUUCUACUGCGCCUGUCUGCUCUACUUCAGGUGCAACUCUGGCCGGCGCGGUCCCGAAGAGGGGGUCCGGGAUCUCGUUACCAGGUGCCUAGACCACAUGGAGCUGCUCGAGCUGCUGCAGAAGGACAGCAGUCCCAAGACGUGGGUAUACGCGGCGGUUGCCUUUGAGGCUACUACACCGGAGCUUCGUGACAGAACGAGAUCUUUGUUCACCAGACGAAGGUCACUGGGUAUCGCUACAUGGGACACGCUGCUUCUCGCAGUUGAAGAGGUCUGGAGGCGCCGCGACGCUGCCCUUCCGGGAUCCGCACCGGAGCCCUGGACUCGCGUCCUCGCAAGCAUGCCAGAAUUCGACGUAGUAUUGUAUUGA